CAGCCAAGCCACCAAGAAACAUUAAGGCCUGAAACAUUUCCAAAUUCCUUUAACGCAUCAAUGAGGACUUUAAUUGAAGGAUAAUCCCCUCUAGAAAAGAGCAUAAGAUCAUCAGCAUAAGCGACACUUGAGAUGUUAAGUUUACCACACUUCGGGUGGUACUUAAAAGAGGAAGUCUUGGUCCUAUUAUGAAGGAGUCUCGAGAAGUACUCAAGGCAUUAGAGGAGGGGGGACAUUGGAUCACCUUGCCGAAGCCCCCUUUUCCCUUUGAUAUUCCCAUGAAGUAUCCCAUUAAUGGAAAUGGAAAAGGAAGGUGAGGAAACACAUUCUAUGAUCCACUCAACAAAUCUCUUAGGAAAGCCAAUUGUCAACAAGACAUUACUCAGAGAAAGGCCCAUGAUAUAGUGUCAUAAGCUUUCCUAAGGUCCACCUUGAUCAUGGAUCUAGGAGACAAAUGUUUCCUAGAAUAGCCCCUGACAAGUUCUUGAGCCAAAAAGACGUUAUCAAUCAUAAGUCUUCCAUCAAUGAAUUAAUAAAUCAAAUUCAAAAGUAUACAUGUUGUAUUUCUUAAUCCGGCGAUGGUGGUGUUACUCAUUGCCUCGCCCUAAUCUUCCCUUCGAGACGGAUAAUUCGAGAAUGGUUUUAGAAAGCAUUGGCGGAUCGGGCGGCGUCACCAAGUCAUGGAGAUCAUCGCCAUCAUCUUGUCUUCUUCUUUCCACAUCUGCCGCCGCAGUGUAUCCGCCGUCGCUUGUGGAAAGGAAUGUUCCUUCUUCGCAUGUCGGAGAGCCCGAACCUUAUUUUCAUUACUGGGCAGAUUCACAUUGGGACUUCACAAUUCCCUUCAAAUCUGCCAAGUGUUCGGUCGUGAAGGUCAAUCAGGGCCGCGAAAAUAGCUACACGGUCCCUGCUUUUACAUUCCGCAGAGAUAAGGACCGGUGUCGUUAUUAUGACAGCUACACAGUGCCAAGGCGCUGGACAAUGAAAGACUGCAAGGUGAUUGAUCCUUAUUCAUCAAGUAGUGAUCAUCCAUAUCUGGAGUUCACAAAUUUUAUUAUACUUGAAGGAAAAUAC